CAUAUGGCUACGUUGUUAGCAAACAGUCGUCUAUUUCGGUUUACACCACGACCAGCAGACACAGAGCAACAUUAACUUUCAGCUGGAGUUUUUGGACGCCUGGUGUGUACUUCAUGUGAAGGCUCUGUGCUGCUUUGUAUGUAACCGCCGCUAGAUGGCGCUGCGGUAGCACUGACGUCAUUUUGAGUCUGUGGCGGUGGAUGUGUAAAGAGAAGUCUGUAAACCAGAGGAGCAUUUUUAAGGUGGACAGGGCUUGCAAUCGGAGCGCUGCACUCAUCUUGAUCAAUUUGUACCUGCGUUCCUCAUUGUGAUGUUUUGGGACCCAUUCCAGUGGACAAUCAACAAAACCAUUUUGCCAGAACAAUCCAAUUGAAAGAGUGGGUGAGGAGAGGCUGAAAUCAUCGCCUGGGAAGAAGCAAACCAGGUGAAUCAGCCUAUCAAACUCAACUGUGGUGGUUGCUGCUCACUCACCUCGACUUCACCCCAUCUGGCUCCAGUAACCUACGAAGAUGGCGGAAGCGGCUGCUGAUGGCAGCAGGACCGAGGUGUCGCUCCCUGCCUGGGUGCCCUGCCAUGCCACAUCUGUCCAUCUGUCAGGCAUACAGGCCCAUCCAUCAAACAGCUGAAUGCAGAUUCUUCGUUCACCCUGGAGGCGUACAUGAAGUUUUCUUCAAGAAUUCAAGGCUAGGGAGCCCCAUCUGCUGCCACACUGGGGGGAUAAGAAGAAGGAUUUAUGGCACACAGCUUCUCCAAACUCCAUCCCACUUGGGUCUGACUCAGAAAAGAUGGUCUUGACAGUGGCAGCCUGCCGCUUCCAGCAGAGAAGAAGUGAUGCUGGAAGGGGGGGGGGGGGGUCCUCAGCGCCGUGAACGCGCGGCGGAGCGGGAGCGCGCGUAUAGGAAGGAAGCGAAGAGAAGGAGCUGAGAGGCAGAUCAGUCAGCCAGCGGAGCUCCAGACGGCGGAUGAACGGAGCGAGUGUGUCGCCUCCUCGUCGUUCUUUAACAGCAGCGUCCUGCACAAACCAGCCACUCAAAAUGAUGCUCCAACUCGUCCAUCUCCUCGGGGUGCUCGUCUGCGGCACGCAAGCCGCGCUGCAGGUGUCCAUAUCCUUGAACAAAGUGGAGUUAAGUGUCGGAGAGUCCAAGUUCUUCAUCUGCACAGCUAUUGGCGAGCCAGUGAGGCUGGACUGGUACAACCCCCAGGGCGAGCGCAUCGUGGCCUCCAAGCGGAUGGCGCUCCACACGGAGACGUCGCGGUCCAGGCUCAUCAUUUACAACGCCAUCAUCGAGGACGCGGGGAUCUACCGCUGCCAGGCCACCGACGCCGGCGGCCACACCGAGGAGGCCUCGGUCGUGCUGGAGAUCUACCAGCGGCUGACGUUUCGGGAUGUUCAGUCACCACAGGAGUUCCGCCACGGCGAGACGGCGGAGGUGGUCUGCGAUGUCAUUAGCUCGCCGGUGCCCGUGGUGGUGUGGUACUACCAGGACAAAGAGAUCACGGAGGAGAACCACAGCAGGUUCCAGGUGCUGCCAAACAACAACCUCCAGGUCCAUCAGGUGACCAAGCUUGACGAGGGCGUGUACCGCUGCGAGGCCAGCGUGGAGGCCCGUGGCGAGAUCGAUUUUGUGGACAUCGCUGUGGUCGUCAACGUCCCUCCGGUGUUGUCAGUGGUUCCGCAGUCCUUCAAUGCCACGGCCGACUACCAGGAAUCAGUCACCUUUACCUGCAUGACCUCCGGAUCUCCAGACCCCGUUCAAUGGCACAGGAAAGGGCAGCAGCUGGAGCCAUCGGAGCAGUACAUUAUCAACAGGCUGGAUGGCGGGCGGAGCAUGUUAACCAUCCGCAACAUCCGGCAGGGCGACGGGGGCACCUACACUUGCAAGGCCACCAACAAGGCGGGAUCGCAGGAAAGGGAGAUCUUCCUCAAAGUCUUUGUCCAGCCCCACAUCAUCCAGCUGAAGAACGUGACAGCCGUAGAGGGCAGCGCCGCCAUGAUCUCCUGCGUGGCCGAGGGCGAGCCUCUGCCCGACAUUUCCUGGAGGAGAGCCAGCGACGGCCAGACCUUCGUGGACGGAGACAAGAGUCUGGACGGACGCUUCGAGGUCCGCGGUCGUCACGGCAAGUCGGUGUUGACCAUCAGCGGCGUGCGGCUCACGGACUUGGGCCGGUUUGAUUGCGAGGCGCUGAGCCGGAUCGGAGGUCAUCAGAAGAGCAUGUUCCUGGACAUUGAGUAUAUACCGAAGUUCCUGACCAAUCACACCAUCUUCUACUCGUGGGAGGGGAACCCGGUGAACAUCAGCUGCGACGUGAUGUCCAACCCUCCGGCCACCAUGCUGUGGAGGAGAGAGCGCUUCACCAUCUCUGCGGAGGGAACCGCCAACACGCGGGUGCACAGUGCUAACGGCAAGUCUGUGCUGGAGGUGACUCCGAUGUCCGACAGGGACUUUGGCCGCUACAACUGCACAGCUAGGAACAACAUUGGCGUUCGAUACCAGGAGUUCAUUCUGGCCCAGGCAGAUGUACCAUCAAAUCCAUACUCGGUGCGUCUCUCGGCCGUGUCCCAGCGCCUGGCGACCGUCACCUUCAUGAAGCCCGACUCGCACGGAGGCGUCCCCAUCAGCUACUACCUGGUCCAGUACAAGGAGGUCGGCACGCAGGACUGGAGGGACGUCAAGUCACACAGCAUCCAGACGACGGUGGUGCUGACGGGGCUGGAGCCCAACACAACGUACGAGGUCCGAGUGGCAGCUGUCAACGGGAAGGGUCAGGGAGAGUGUAGCCACACGGAGACCUUCCAGACCAUACCCAUCCGAGAGCCAAGUCCGCCGGCGGUUCACGGGCAGCGAGGAAUGGGCAAGGCCUACCGGCUGGGGCUGGUCAAGCAGGACGACGGAGGGAUGCCCAUCGUGGAGUAUAUAGUCAAGUACAAGACUGAUAAAGAGGAGCAAUGGAUGACCAAGCUCGUCCCCGGAGCGAAUGAUUUCGCGAUGCUGCAGCCGCUGCAGUGGAACACGAGAUAUGAAGUGGAAAUCACAGCGCGCAACGUCAAGGGCCUGUCGGAGCCCACCUUCUAUCAGUUCUUCAUGCCACAGAAACCUGACAUUACAGCAGAAUCCCUGUUCAGCGGCAUGGGGCUGGGGACGGUGGUGGGCCUGGGCCUGGGGGCGCUGCUGCUGCUCCUCGUGCUGGUGGACGUCAGCUGCUUCUUCCUGCGUCACUGCGGCCUGCUGAUGUGCAUCACGCGCACGCUGUGCAGCAAGAAAACAUCCACGAGCGGCAAGGGCAAGGAUAUAGAAGAGGGCAAGGCCGCCUACCUGAAGCUACCGCUGAAGGAAGAAAAUGGAAAAGAGUCUCUCAAGCCGGAUACGAUUGAAAUCAAAGUGCACAGUGACAACAGCAUCCACACAAAGUCCGACGUCAGCAAAGCGUAAAAGGGGGGGGGGGUCGCCGCCAAAAGAACAUUCGGAUCACGAGACCAAAACCCAGGCAACACUGGAAAAUAGUGGAGUGAAAUAUCUGUUUAUAACAAUGCCCCAGUGACAGGCAUGUGUAAAUACAAAUACUAGGGAGAAAAUAGAGAGAAAGGGUCAACCUUUUAGACACCCUGAGUGAUAAAUGUAUCAUGGGCUUGUUGAUCAAUGAUUGUAUUUUGUUUUUUGUCCCACUUUUUUCUGUCCAUAAUUUGUUUUCCAACCCACGUUUCAUGUAGUUAAACAGUGAUGCCAUCAGCACCCACUAUGACUUGUGAAUGCAUGGGCCGACCCUCACAAUUACUUAAACCCAAUCGCCUGUUUCCAUGCCUGAGUGUCAACACACUACAGCGACCUUUUUAUGCCUUUAAUAGCCGAGCUAAUCGGGCUAACUGAGCUAGCUGAGAUUUCAUUGCUUCAGGAAAACGCGACGACAGGCGAGAACAAGUCAAGGAUGAAAAAUGGUAUCUUGGUGAUUAAUUAUUAUUAUUAUUAUUAUAAUUAAGAGGAAUUUGGAGUUGAUAUUUGAUGAUUAAAUGCUUUCUGAAGGGCUAUUUGUGUUGCAGGAAAACAAAAAAAAAUGUCAUUGUGAGCAAAAGCCUUUUAUAUUGACACUGAAUAUUGUUGAUUCUCUAACAAUGUAUGUUUUAUUCAUCUGUUGGUAAUGAAAAAAUGAUGCCACAAAAGCCCUGUAAUUGUUGAAUAGUAGGACUCAAGGCAUGGGAACAAACGAGUAAAAGGUACGAGAACUAAUUUUUUUUAAUUUCUUUAUUCAUUCCUGCCUCAGAUGCAUUUUUUUUUUAUUUCCCGGUCUCUAUUCUCUCCGAUGUUGUUAUGUGUUGUACAUAGGUGGAAAAAAAAAGAAUAUUUUACAGAGCUUUUAUGUAAAUAUACCCUAAAGGAUGUCUUUUUUCAAAAUGCAACAGGCUUGGCUUUUUUUGUGAACGCUCCUCAGAUGAAAAGCUGUUUUUUGUUUUGGUCCAAAGUUCAGUGAUGGUGUAAUAUUGCUUUUUCUAGUCAUUUGCUUUCCCCUCAAGAAAAUCCAUGCCCUAAGGCUAUUUCACGGUAUUUCAAUGGAGACAGUAAUUACGGCAUUAGUGUGCCUUUUCUCUUCUUUUUUAAUUUUUUUUUUUCCUCCCCACUUUGUGGCCCAAUGCCGCUGCAGCAGUGCAGACCUUCAAAAUGAAUUUUUGAUCGCGCUGCUUUUUCCGCCACUGAAUGUGUCAGAAGAAUAAUAUUGUGGUGCUGUGAAUUCUGGGAAAUGUAGUGUUAGGAUUGUAGUCGACAACACUGGACAGAGACGAGACAAGUAUAACUACCUAGUGCGACCAAGAUGUCAGGUUGAUGCUGUAAACUCUGGAGUAGAAAAGUGCAGAAAUCUGGUUUUAAUGCCAUGUGUGUGUGUGUGUGUGUGUGUGUGUGUGUGUGUGUGUGCGUGUGUGUGUGUGUGUGUGU